GAAAACGACUGCAUCCUAUCUUCCGAAAAGGCCUCACUCACUCGCCCCAACACCCAUUACAAGCCGGCCAUAUAGCUUACCUAUUUACUCAAGCUAAAUACUCAACAUGGGUGAGGUUACAGUUGAAGAGGCACCUUUCCCGCUCACAGACGUUGAUAAGUGGGUCCUCUCACAGACAGAUGAGGAGUUUAAGAAGCAUGGCUGGGAGGAGCUCAAGGAGAUCAUUGCGACAAAUAAGCUCGAGGUUUUGAAGCGAAAGCCGUCAGACCUUCGUCGAUACAUGAAAUGGACGGCCGAGACCAAGGCCGAGUACGGCUCCAUGACCAAGUUCCUUCUCACCAACCGCCUGCCCAAACCCUGGGGCGAACCACCUUUUACUCCCAAAUCCAUCGUGCCUUUUGAGGAUCCUUCCGAUUACCGGGUUCUCGUCAACGACUGGCCGUAUGGACUUGACCCAGGCAUCACCCAUAUCGUGGUUUGGUCGCGCACCAUCAUCCCUACGGACCCUGAGACCGGAGAUAUGACAGCAGAGAGCAGGCGCACUGUCCAGGAUUUCAUUGACAGGUACUUUGUCAAAACUCUUGGCGAUGUCGGAGAAGACAGGGUUAUCUGGUUCAAGAAUUGGGUCGCUCUUCAGAGCGUCCGGGCCUUGGAGCACAUCCACGUGCUGGUGCGAGACGUCGACCCGGAAGUCAUCAAGAAGUGGUCUGAGGAGCAAUCCUGGCACAGAUAGACCUAGUCGCUGCAUUCUCGAUAGAAUAAAACAGAUAAUCUGGCUCGUAGCGCUCAAGUCCUAGGCAGCACAAGAUGUGACUUUGACUAUGCGGCUCGACGCUGCCUUCUGUUGGCGGGCGGGGCAGGCUCAUCGCUGUUCGCAGCGCCCAUCUGUGCCAUACGCUUGCCAGCUCCGAGCAAGCCGUAGCCAGCGUAUGCGCCGUAGGCGGGCACGGCGAGCCACAGGAACCAACCCCAGUUGCCGAAUAAGAUGACGAGAACGACGGAGGCCCAAGUCACCCAUACGACGUCAAACAUGUACUCGGUCAAGCCCGCGGCGGCCAAGUCCUCGCCAGAGGUCUUGAGGCCUCCUCCCACGUCAUACUUGGGACGUCCAGAUUUCUCAAGAACGUACUCGCAGAUCAGGGCGGGAGAGGAGAGCAAGAUGAACCAGAAGAUAGAUCGGGACUUGAAGAUGAAGUAGAAGAUGAGAAAGGCGACGUUGAUAACGGCGGAACCGAUGUGGAGGUUGUUCAAGGUGGUGGCGUUGGAUUUGGCCCUGUCCUUCUUUGCCUUUUGCGCCAUGGUGGAGGUGCUGAGGGUUGUUUCGUAGGGUACGAAGUUGAAUGCAAGGUACGGAGUAAGGGAUUAUGACGAUAAGAGGCCUCGAGAACGUGAGUGAGGUCAAGUCAAUUAAGUUAAUAAUGUCGGUAUUCGAAAGUGGGGUCCAACGUUCCUGGGAGUAAAAAGACAGGUUGCGACCUGGUU